AUGGCAGCAGAUAUAGGAUCAUUAUUCAACGCAGGCCCGGAAGUCGUCAAAGGAGCGACUUUUGAGGAAUCCCUCGAUUUCCAGACGCUGGGAGGCCCCAUGGUCCACUGCACUAACGGUACAAUCGACAACCUGGCCGCCAACGAGGCCGAAUGCUACGAGCAGAUCCGCACCGUGCUGAGCUAUCUCCCCAACAGUGGCCGCGAGGCGCCACCCGUGAUCCCCUGCACCGAUCCUGAAGAUCGCGAGGACAUUGCCCUGCGGUCGAUCAUCCCGCGCAAGCAAACGCGCAUGUACAACCCAUGGACGAUCAUCAACAGCGUCGUGGACCGCGACUCGUUCUUUGAGAUCGGGCCGCUUUGGGGCCGCACCGCCAUCGGUGGUCUCGCGCGGCUGGGCGGACGGCCGGUGGGCAUUAUUUCGCUGAACUGCGAGGUCAACAGUGGCGCGCUGGAUGCGGCUGGUAGCCAGAAGCUGACGCGGUUGUUGAAGCUGUGCGAUGUGAUGAACCUGCCCGUGUUGCAGUUCAUCGAUGUCCCGGGAUACGCUAUCGGAACGGUGGCAGAACGCACAGGAACCAUGCGCUGGGGCGUGGAACUGGGCAAGGCGUACCAUGCGACGACCAUGCCGAUCUUCAAUGUUAUUACGCGCCGCGCCUACGGUGUGGCGGGAGGACUGAUGAUCGGGGCGCGCGACCCUGUGAUGCAAGUCGCCUGGCCGUCGGGACAAUGGGGCUCUCUCCCGCUGGAGGGAGGUAUCGAAGUGGGCCAUCGACAUGAACUGCGCGAGGCCGAGAAGGUGGGCAAGAAAGCUGAGCGAUACCAGGAGCUAGAAGAGGAAUAUCGCCGACUCAUGAAUCCGGUGCGCACUGCGAAUGCGUUUGGCGUGGAGGAGAUCAUCGACCCCAAGGAUACUCGGCAGGUGUGCUGUGCGUGGGCGAAGCAUGUGUAUAAGGUCAUGAUGGCGGAGCGAUUGGCCGAUCGGGUGACGGGGAAGAUCCGCCCGGUGUUUUCUUAG